AUGUUCCGCAACAAUCGUGAUGCGCUGGCUGAGCUGAAGGCGGUCUUCGCCCUGCUGCCAGAGGAGCUCCUUUUCGGUGGUCGACCUGAGCAACUCCUUCGGAUCGUUGGAAAGGAGGCAACGCCCACGGUCGAAGUCUCCGAGUCAAAUGCACCUGCAAAGCCUCCAGCGGAGAGGGUCGUGAAGGUGGUGGAGGUCAUCAAGGAAGUUCCCGUAGAGAAGAUUGUUGAAGUCGAGAGAGUCAGAGAGGUCAUCAAAGAAGUCGAAGUCGUCAAGACGGUCCCUGUCGAGAAGAUCGUAGAAGUGGAGAAGGAGGUGAUCAAGUUCGUCCCUGUGGAAAAGAUCGUAGAAGUCCCAAAGGAGGUGUUCCGACCUUUGCCCGCUCAGAAGGAGAUUCAAGAAGUGGUGAAGGAGGUGGAGGUCAUCAAGGAGGUCCCAGUGGAAAAGAUCGUCGAGAUCGAGAAAGAAGUUGUCAAAGAAGUUCCUGUCGAGAAGGUCGUCGAGCGGGUGGAAAAGGAGGUUGUUAAGGAGGUGCCGGUGGAGACUAUCCGCGAGGUGUCCACGACGGCAAUGCUCUUUACAAGAACUGAUAGCUACAGCGUUGUGUCCUUGGAUGUCAAGCAAGUUGGGCCAGUUUUUGCUUUACAUUACGAGUUUCUUUCGGUGGAGGUCAUCAAGGAGGUCCCAGUGGAAAAGAUCGUCGAGAUCGAGAAGGAUCCCCGGACCACAGACAACCUCACGACGACGACGAUGACGACCACCGCUUGUCACUGCGGCAUCGUUUGCCAGGAAGUUGUCAAAGAAGUUCCUGUCGAGAAGGUCGUCGAGCGGGUGGUCGAGGUGGAAAAGGAGGUUGUUAAGGAGGUGCCGGUGGAGACUAUCCGCGAGGUGGAGAAGGAGGUGGUGAGAGAAGUCCCGGUGGAAAAGAUCGUUGAGGUGGAGAAAGAGGUGAUCAGAGAAGUUCCCGUUGAUAAGAUCGUCGAGGUAGAGGUGGUCCGCGAGGUCGAGAAGGAGGUGGUGAAGGAAGUUCCGGUGGAAAAGAUCGUGGAGGUGGAAGUGAUUCGGGAGGUGAUAAAGGAGGUUCCGGUUGAGACGAUCGUCGAAAAGGUUGUCGAAGUGGAUAGGGAGGCGACCAAGGAGGCGAGACCUCAGACGCCUUCAGAUCUCAUCACCCAGGCUCUCUCGGAAAUCAUGGAGGACCUUCGAGAAGAGGUGCAAGCCCAGUACGUUCGCGAGAAGCUUGCCAAAAACCAGGUCGACAACAAAGUUGCAAUCCAGCAGAUGGCCAUGCGGGUUUUCGCAGAGUGGACGGCCAGCCUGUCCGAGACUGAGGCCACGUGGACAGAGCGCCCAGCCGACUGGAUUGUGUCGGCCAUGGGCGAGGAGUUUGACAAGCAGACUGCCAAGGAGGAGUUGGAGGAAUUGGAGACCUUUUGA